GCCAAGGCUCAUCCGGCUAAGGAAGCCUCGAGCGCCGAUCCGGUGGUUUGGUCCUCCAGUUGUUUUUAAACCUGCUUUCCCCUUCCUCCUUCCCAAGUUGUUUGAGGAUUGUUCUCGCCUUUCCUCUCGUUUGACGUCGCCUCAUUGCUUUCGAAUCGGCAAGCUCCACAGACAAUGAUGAUGAGCACGUUUGGCCGCCAGCGAACGCCCGUCUGGGGCUGGUGUCUCCUGGCCUUCCAGUCUUGUUGGAUGGCCGCGCGAGCGACGGUGGCCGAAUUCGACUUGAUAUUUCCGCGCAACGAGACAUACGCCCCAGCCCCGCUCCUGCCCGUUGUUCUGGCCAUGCAGCCCCCCGACUUGAUUGCGGCUUUUGACCCGUCCUAUAGUUAUGAUAUCUACGACUCGGCUGGCAGCCCUGUUACCCUGAAUUACAGCGGCGUGCUGAACCACAACGAGUUUAGGGGCAACGACACCUUCUUCCUGCCCGAGUAUGUCACCGGACUGAACGAUAUUGAGGGUACCUGGAAGCUUGUCUUGACUUUGAAGACGCGCACUUGCGAAGCGGCACCGGGCGCCGGACCGAACAACGUCAACAUCACCCGUGUGAGCCAGCCGAUGAGCGUUUUUUUCACCACCAAAAAGGGCGCCCCGCAAGUCCUGGACGCCCUCCAAGGAGACUGCACCCACGUGAAGGGCCUGGCUUACAACGCCACGAAGACGUUGCGGGUGCCGGAAGAGAAAAACACCGACUGUGCUGUCGUUGCACCGGACCCGUCGCUGAAGCCCGAUCCUUGCAAUAAUGCGAAGUUAAACGACACGGCUGCGUCGAGCAUCUCGGCGGCCAUCGCGUCUGCGAAUUGCGCCGAGUCGCAUCCGGUGCUGAGCUGCCCGCCGGCUCAGACCGCCCCGCCGACUCAGACCGCCCAACCGGCUUCUCCGAGCGCAACGGCGCCCCCGAGUUCGACACCUUCAGAUAACGCAGCAGCGAGCGCGUUGCCGUCUCGGGCGGUGGGAGCGGCAGGGCUUGCAGCGGCGACUUGGUUCAUGUAUUCCCUUCUCUAAGGGGCGGAAUGGGCUGGUAAUCAUUGCUGAGUGAUCGAGGCGGUUGGGAACGUCAGACGGAGGAGCCAGAAUACCACCUACUUGAUACCUUGUUCUUGACGCAGUCGAUGAAAUGUGCCACCAAGCCCGGGAUAUGAGACGAACGCCUCCGUAGAAGCUACCAAAAAGGGAGAGGGCCCCAUUGGGGUUUCGAGGUGAAACUCGAACUACCCCGGCGCGACUGGGCAGCCCCUCGCUUACCCAAAUCUUGAGAUCAGUCUGUUUUCGGCCGCCUGCGACAUGCGCUUGCCGGUACAUACAUCCACCCUGCCCUCCCGAUUCGGGAAUUCGGGACAAGCAGCAGUUGAACCUGAGACGCCAGCUAGGCGUUUGCUAGAAGCGAGACAGACAAGGACCUGACACUAAACCAAAACUUGGGAUGACAUUUAUUAGCUCUAGGUACCCGUGUUGGAACCGCUACGCUAGCUUAGGAAGAUGAAGCUAUCACGAUAUAAGCAAUGCGUACAACUAGAAUCAAUCGUGGUGUUAAGGAUGUUUUUU